CCACCAGCGUCAACAACUCGUUUGAGAGCCACCACCGAGAGUCCAGUCCCUAGUACCGUAGGGCCAGCUCUCGCAUUUUUCUUUUACCCCCGGCAGAUUGCGCAUCUAGGAGGGCAAAGCGCACAAGGCGCUCUAAACCAUCAAGAUGACGACAAUUGCUUCCAAGAACAUGUACGAGCUGCUGGGCAACGACCCGGAGCUCGACCCCAACAGGCCAGCUGAGCCACCGACAAAGGCCAUCGACAAGUCCGCCCCCAGGAUUGGCAAGCGCGACGGUUCCGAUGUCAAGGCUGCUCCCGCAGUUGAGCGCCAGGGCAACCAGUCUCGCCCCAAGCAGAACAACAACGCCAACGACAACGCUUUUAGGGAUCGCGCUGCCGGUGCUAACAGCAACCGCGCACGCGGCUCUGGCGAGCCUGAGCAGCAGCGUGGUGGCCGCGGCGGUCGUGGCCGUGGUUCCCGCGGUGGUGCCCGUGGAGGUCGUGGUGGUGCCGGCCGUGAUGACCGUCACAGCAAGACCGGUCUUGGCGAGCACGAGAAGCAGGCUGCCCACGGCUGGGGUGCCGAGACUGGCGAGGCCGAGCUUGCUGAUGAGCAGGCUGGUGAGGCCAUCGCCAAGAAGGAAGAGAAGGAGGCCGUCAAGGAGGAUGCCGAGGCUGAGGCCGCUGAGGCCGAGCCCGAGGACAACUCCAAGUCCUACGUUGCCUACCUCGCCGAGUUGGCUGAGAAGAAGCUGAAGCUUGGCGAGCAGAACCUCCGCAAGGCGAACGAGGGCAGCUCCAAGAACUUCCCCGAGGGCACCCAGGUCAAGCGCGAGGAGGAGGACUUCUUCGCCGGCUCCGGCGGCAAGGCCAAGCGUGAGCGUCAGCGCAAGGAGAAGGUCCACGUCGAGCUCGACAGCGAGCGCAUGCUCGCUCCCCCUCCCCGUGAGGGCGGUGCCUCCCGUGGUGGUCGCGGUGACCGUGGCGGCCGUGGCCGUGGCGAGGGCCGUGGUGAGGGCCGCGGUUCUUUCCGUGGUGGUGAGGGCCGUGGCCGAGGUGGCGACCGUGGUGCUCGCGGUGAGGGUCGCGGUGGACGUGGUCGCGGCGAAGGCCGUGGUGCCGCUGCUGCCCCUGGUCCCCGCGGUGGCCGCGGCGGCAACGCCCCCAACGUCGGCGACUCCAGCGCCUUCCCCAGCCUCGGCGCAUAGACGCCUGUCGACAUUGCGUCGACUACUAGCACGACUCCUGAAGCUCGUGCCUGACGUUCGCAUCAACGACGUCUCGAUGAUAUGACAACAAAGCGAUCUGACGAAUGGACGAUUGAACGGAGGAGCUGGACACCAUAUAAGGAUUCUCUAAAACGACGGACGGCAAGGAAAAAUCAUCUCAUCUAC